GUAGGUUGGCAACCUGAAACACUGACGCUGUAGUUUGAGAAUAAUCUUUCACUACAGGAAGUGAUGAGACUAUUGGAAACAGCACUCUGUCACCUUGGUGAUGUUCUUCUUUCUGCUAUUACUAGAUAUAAGCUAAUUCUAGUUGAAACACAUUUCUUUUGAGAAGUACGGCAUUUUAUGUUCCUGUCAAGUUUACAACCUUUUAAUCCGGAAAACUUGGCUCUCUUUUCGACACCAAACUUUAAACAAUGAAAUCUGUUUUCGUACAAGACAUAUCUGAACGAGAUUCGGACACAGCGGCUUGUUAAGCAAUAUCCUUUCCAGACAAAAGCGUAAUUUCAGUUUCUUUUACAGUUUAUUUGUUUGUUUGUUUUUUCAUAUAAGAACCGGCUAUGAAUUUAGAAUUAAUACAAGAACUGCAAACCUCCACGUGGCAUUUCACCUUCCGACAUCGCAAAAUGUUUGCUUUGAUGUGUAUGGUUUUCAUCACAGAGGUCACUGUAAUUAAUACAGCAGCAGGUCUGCAGAUUGAACCAUAUUAUCAAGUAGAUCUCAUUGAUGGACUUGAUGUUUUAAACUCCACCUAUCGAGGCUUAACCGUAGUAGAAGGAUUUCAUAAACUAGCCCCAGCUGUCAAACUGACAGGGGACAGCAGGCAGCUUCUUCUUCCACCAGAAAGUUAUGAUAGAGCAGCUAAAAUACUUUCACUAAAUAACGAAUUUACAUUCCUGGUGACACUCAAACAGAAACAAAGAAAUACUGGGACAGUUUUGGGGUUUUCAGAGGGGAACACCAGGUUUCUGGAAAUUCAGAGUAGUGGCAGGAAGAAUGAGAUACGUUUGCACUAUACUCACAGUAGCAUGGUUUAUGUAGAAACAUUUCCUUAUCAUUUAGCUGAUGAUAACUGGCACCAGGUUGCUCUAUCUGUCAGUGGCAAUGCUGUUGAUUUAUUUGUAGACUGCAACCGUAUUUAUAGACGGGUAAUUUUUGAUGUUGACCGAAAUGCAACUGUAAGAAACACUUCACUCUGGCUGGGUCAGAGGAAUUUGCAUCACUUUUUAUUUCAGGGAAUUCUGCAAGAUGUGAAAAUAAUUGGAAGGCCACAUGGAUAUAUCAUUCAAUGUCCAUAUCUUGAUACAGAUUGUCCAACUUGUGGUCAAUUUAAACAGUUGCAGAUGUCUGUGGUACAUUUGGAAAAUUAUAUGAAAACUUUAACACAAAGAAUAGUUCAAGCAGAAGAGAGAUUGGCUUUGGUAGAAGAAUGUGAAUGCCAUAAGAAUUGCCAUAUAAAUGAAACAGUUCAUAUGGAUGGCUCAUCCUGGGAAGUUGGUUGUGAAAUUUGCUCAUGUGUGAAAGGAACAACUACAUGUCAUCAUAAACCAUGCAUUACAACACAAUGUAAAAAUCCUGUUCAGCUUCCAGGAGAAUGUUGCCCAAUAUGUCUGAAAAAGUGCUUAAUGAAUGGAGAAAUAUAUGACCACGGUGAAGGAAAGAAAUUUGGAAAUUGUCAAAAAUGCUAUUGUGAUAAUGGCAACAUGAUCUGUGAAAGGAAACAGGAAUGUCCACCUUUAUCUUGUCCUGUAAAAGAUAGCUUUAUUGUAGAAGGAGAGUGUUGUAAAGUUUGCAAAGGCAUAGACUAUUGUUCCAAAGGUCAUGAUUGCCAUAUUAAUGCCAAUUGCAGUAACCUCUACACUCGUUAUAUUUGUCAUUGUACAACUGGCUACCAAGGAGAUGGAAAGCACUGUGAAGAUGUGAAUGAAUGCCUUCAGAAAGGGGGUCACACAGGUCAUCAUUGCCGUGAGAAUACUCAGUGUGUUAAUUUGCCUGGCACAUAUGCUUGUGAAUGUCUGCCGGGUUACAGGAGGGUUGAUGCAUAUUAUUGUGAAGAACAUAAUGAAUGUCUUACUGGUGAGCAUGACUGUGGUGCAAAUGCUUUUUGCAUUAACACUGUUGGAAAUUACAAAUGUCAGUGUCUAGAAGGUUAUAGUGGAAAUGGACAUUCAUGUGAACCUAUAUGCAACCAAUCUUGUUUGAAUGGUGGCCUAUGUGUAGCACCAGACAUUUGUUCCUGCCGUCAAGGUUACACUGGACCAAGUUGUGAAUUAGAUAUUGAUGAAUGUAAAUUAAGCAUUCAUCACUGUCAUCCAAACUCAGAAUGUAUCAACAUGCCUGGAUGGUAUUAUUGUCACUGUCGUUUGGGCUAUGAGAGUCGUUUUGAUGAUAACCAUAGUGGUAUCAUGUGUCAAGACAUCAAUGAAUGUGCAGACAACUCUAAUACCUGUCACAGAACUGCUUUUUGUAUUAAUGAGGAAGGAAGUUACCAUUGUGAAUGCCAGAAAAAUUCCUCGUGCUCUUUGAGUUGUGUAUAUUAUGGAACUGAAAAACCAAAUGGUGACACCUGGUUAGCAUUAGAUUCAAUUUGUACUGAAUGCUUCUGUAAGGCUGGUGUAGUCACAUGUCAGAAACAAGAGUGUGACUGUAACAGGCCAGACAUCAAUCUUGACUGCUGUCCUGAAUGUGACACCUCAUCCUAUUGUCGUCACCAAGAAGUAUCAAAAAUUUUUCACAAUGGGGAACGUUGGGUUUAUCAGUGUCAAGUUUGUGAAUGUUUAUUUGGUGAGAUUGACUGUUGGGAACUAGAGUGCCCGCCAGUGACGUGUGACUAUCCUGUUCAGCAUGAAGGUGAUUGUUGCUAUCGCUGUGAAGAUGAUGUUUGUAGCUCUCAAACAUUCAGUAGAGAUGAAGUCAGUGGAAAUGUUACUUCAAACCAGCAUCGUGAUCGGGGAUGUACUUACAAGGGAUACUUGUAUCAGUCUGGGGAUCCAAUCCCCAUCAAUAAUGAUCCGUGCACUUCUUGUAACUGCAAGGAUGGACAACUCUGCUGCUCAUACACUCCUACUUGUCUUGCCAACUCUGAUGACACUGAUAUUUUGCCCGCUACGGACAAACAUAAACAUAUCAAACCAAAUUUUAUUCAUAACUCUAAGCAAUAUCUUUUCAAAGAGGAAACGACACAGGUGGAAGAUCUCCCCAUAUUUACUGAGGAUUAUGCUCAUACAAGUUCUCCUUUUUCAAAGCUCCUCUUGGUUGCAAAAUCAACACAGUUUCCUGACUCACAUAUGGAGGACCAUCAUUUUAAGGUGUCUUUAAAGAUUACAAAUGACAAUAAUCCAAGUAAUAACCAUGGAAACAUUGAAAAAGAAUUGAGUGGUGCUAAGGAUCAUCUAGGCAACAGAGAACAACAACAGGAUUUCACUGAAUCCCAAGAAAGCACACAGAUGCAAGAUCGUGGAAAAAAUUACCAAGGUCACAGUAAGGAAUGGGUAAACAUUCCAGAAGCGAGAGGAGUAGGGUUUCCUAUCUUGUUUACUUCUGUGUCUGAGGCUUCUGGUGUGAACAAUGAGUGAUAGUCAGAAAUCAUGUUAAGAAGAAUGUAUAGGAAUAUAAUUUGUGUGAGGGCCAAAAUAGGUUCUUUUGCCUUCAGCUCAUAAGCAGUGUCUUUGUGGAAGGUUCCUUUUCCACUUGCUCAGAAGUUCCAGUUGAAUUUCAAGGGGAAAGUUUUGAAGAAAUAAGGGAGGGAGGGAUGAUGGGAGUAUUCCAGAAAUACCCCAUAUUAUGUAUAAACUGUUGGUCAUUGCUGUGGCAUGUUGAAAAAAAUGUUUGCCGUAUUUUCUAAUGUAGUCUUGUUAAAAUCUUUAAAGCUUUGUGUGCCAUCCAGAUAUUAUCACCUGUAGUAGGUUGUUUAACAAUUGUGGUACAUAUUUAAUUUAUUUAAAAGCUCAUUUUGGAAAAGAUUAGGAUUCAGGAACUAGUAAGAUAUAAUUAUGGUAUGUUGAUUCAACAUUGCUUAAUCCUUUACACUAGUCUGUAUAUAAAUGAUAUGCACCCAGUCAAUGAGUUUAGUCAUAUAUGUACUUAAUUUAUUAUUCCCUUUUGUUUUACUAACUUAAAUUCAGCAUCAAGGUAGUUCCAUUUUUGAAAAUUAGAUGUAUACAAACUUAAGAUGGGGAAACAGUAAAAUAUAUCAUGUAAUAUUAAUUGGAAAGUUAGAAAAUUAAGAUAUAUGUGAAUAAUAUAUAUUCAUGAUG